CGGGAGAGGAGGAGGAGGAAGUGGAGGCGGCUGCGAAUAGCGGGCAAAUGGGGAGCUGAGAGGCUGCAGUAGCAGUGCCGCGGUCGAGCAGCAGCAGCAGCGGGCAGGCACGGAGGCGCUGAGAGCGGUAACCGGGCUGCCUCCGCCACCCUGGGCUAAUUCCUCUUCUCGAGGGGCUGCCGCUGUCUCCGGGCCGGCACCAUGCAGACCUUUCUGAAGGGGAAGCGGGUGGGUUACUGGCUGAGUGAGAAGAAGAUCAGGAAGCUGAAUUUCCAGGCCUUCGCCGAGCUGUGCCGGAAAAGAGGAGUAGAAGUAGUACAGCUUGACCUCACCAAACCCAUUGAAGAUCAGGGCCCUUUGGAUGUGAUCAUACACAAACUGACAGAUGUUAUCCUUGAAGCAGACCAGAAUGACAGCCAGUCACUGGAGCUGGUUCAAAGGUUCCAGGAGUAUAUUGAUGCUCAUCCAGAAACCAUUAUCCUGGACCCUCUUCCAGCUAUUCGCACACUUCUGGACCGAUCCAAGUCUUAUGAGCUAAUUCGGCAAAUAGAGGCAUACAUGCAAGAUGAGAGGAUUUGUUCACCACCCUUUAUGGAGCUGACAAGUGCCUGUGGAGAAGAUACCUUGCAACUUAUAGAGAAGAAUGGACUGGCAUUCCCAUUCAUUUGUAAAACCAGAGUGGCCCAUGGAACCAACUCUCAUGAGAUGGCGAUCAUCUUCAACCAGGAGGGCCUGAAAGCUGUUCACCCCCCUUGUGUCAUUCAGAGCUUCAUCAAUCACAACGCUGUGCUGUAUAAAGUCUUCGUGGUUGGGGAAUCCUACACAGUGGUGAAAAGACCAUCUUUAAAGAACUUCUCUGCCGGAAUCUCAGACAGAGAAUCAAUAUUUUUCAACAGCCACAAUGUUUCAAAACCGGAAUCCUCAUCUGUCUUAACAGCACUGGAUAAAAUCGAAGGAGUAUUUGAGCGGCCAAAUGAUGACGUCAUCCGGGAAAUCUCGAAGGCUCUACGACAAGCUCUGGGAGUUUCCCUCUUUGGAAUUGAUAUCAUCAUUAACAAUCAGACUGGACAGCAUGCUGUCAUUGAUAUAAAUGCAUUCCCAGGUUAUGAGGGCGUUUCUGAAUUUUUCACAGAUCUCCUGAACCACAUAGCUGCUGUCCUGCAGGGUCAGGCACCUGAGGUGACCCAGCUAAACCGUAGCAAGCUCCUGGCAGAGCAGACCAGCGGGAUCAUGGACGAACGGAUAUGCUGCUCUAGCACAGGCUGUCUCAGCGUCAUGGGAAAAGACUCCUCCUGGAUUGUGGAAAGUGAGACCAACAGCUCAGUAAAACUGCAACACCAGAGACUAGGCUGCAACUCAGCAGUGUCCCCCAGCUUCCAGCAGCACUGCGUCGCUACGUUGGCAACAAAAGCUUCUUCUCAAUAACUUGCUAAUGCCAUGGAUUGACAAAAAGCCACAGGGAUACAAAUUGUGGUCCCAGAACCAGAUCAGGCUGUAACAGUACAUGUGAAAUUGAAAACCAAACAAAACAAAACCAACAAACCACGACACAAAACACAACGUAGAAAAACAAAAUUAAAAUCCCUUCCAUUUGAUUUAACCUAAUUGGCUGAUGAAAUGGACUGAAAGGGGGAGGGCAAGAAAGUGAUUCAGAUCCAUUUCAUCCGAUUCCAGUUGCAAGUCUAUAGUGAGUUUACACACACAUGGGUUUUAACACUAGUCCUUUCAUUGUGGGAGGGUUGCUCUUGCAUUUCUAUUGUUCUUUUUAAUCACUGGUGACCAGCAUUUUAAAAUUGGACCUCAUGGCUUCAAGAAGAUAAUAAUGUUGAAUGCAGUGUCUGAAUGCAACAGUGCAAGAGAUUUUUGCCUAAAAUAUUCCCCGUUCCCUUUUUCCAGGCAGGCCAUUGCAAAAGAAAACUGAGACAACUUCAGUAUCACUAAACCAAAUCUCUGGAAACAUUGACCAGUGAAGAUAUUGACAGGUAGCUUGCUGUAAGGCUGUGGCACUUUGAGUGGGACAGAGCAGUGUGGUUGUUCAGGGUGCAGAACAGAGGUGAUCACCCCAAUUGCAGCUUUGCAGUUCUUCCCCCAGGCCUCUUUGCUUCAGUCAAAAGCAGCUCCUAACCAUGUUUGCCAACAGCGGCACAUGUUCGAUCUGGACAGGAUGCUGAUAGUUAGGUUGAGUGAUUUAGUAAAUUAAAUGUAAUCCUUUCAGUUGUCUGCUAGUGGUGAAGUCCUAGUAGAGUUAAUAGAAGCAGUUCAUCUCUUAGAAGAGAAUUUGAUUCUCCCUCCAUUGCACUUGUGAGGACUCUGGGACAGAUCUUCAGAUCCUAAGGGGUAUCACAGUUGCUGCGUUCCAUAGAUCCAUACUGCUGUGCAUUUUCUUUUCUUUUGCAAAUUAAAUAUAAGCAGAAUUGCAUAGCUUUGUAUGAGGUAGAAGUGCACAACAGCUCUAGCUUAGAGACCACAUUAUUUUGUUGCAAGCUGCCAGAUGAGGCUGUGUCUUAAUUUACAAUAGCAGUUUAUACUAUUUGUAAACUACAACACAGCCUAUUUGUAUCUCUUGAGAUAUGCAGUAAACUUACAGUGUUCACCCUCUAUUGCAUCUUCUAGCAUGGCAGCAUCUUCUGUUAAGAAUUCCUGCAACUUUUGCCAAUUCUGAACACUAAACUGGAAGUAUCUAUGUCUGUCAGUGCUGAGAACAGAGACACUAUUUUGGUAGACACAGUGGCCUUCCUUUCCCCAUAUAAGCCCUUUUAGGGCUUAUAACAUAUUUUAUAUGUUUAAGAGGGGUAGCGUUAAGAAAAUUUCCUUAGUUAAGCUUCUAGAUUGCAGAAUUUCUGUCUUUCUGUAGCAGGUAUUUGUAAAGCAUCCAUCACUGCUGCAUUUAAUACCACUUUGGUUAGUAUCAUAUGUUAGAUAUCUGCUCAAAAGGAGAGUAUCUAGAGCUUAAAGCCCAGGUAGACCAUGGAGAGAGGAUGAAACUGUGUAAAAGAUGUCACUACCCUACCAGUUUGUAUCAGUCCUUCAGGGGAAGAAGUUUUGAGGAGUGUUGUGCAGGAGUUCUUUUGUGUAAACAGUGUUUCUAUCAUUGGAAAGAUUGUGUUUAUUCCCAAAAUGCCAUUUUUAGGAAUUUCCUGUAGCCAGGAUUGGAUUUGCAAGGCUGAUAAACACAAGAAAAGUUAUUCCACCUUUAGAGGGGUUACUAACUUUAAGAUAUUUCUGUAAAGACUGAAAGGACCUUAUGAGUGUGAUAUCUGCCAAAUUCCAGGGUGCAUGUAAAUGCAGCCAACUUCCUCAGCUGUUGCAGAUCAGUUCUGAGCUGGGCACACUUCACAAUCCUUGUAUGCUUUGAAGCUGCUGGAUCCCACAUUGUCUGCAGCUUGCAGAUCUUGAGUGGUUGUGGUGUGAGUCAGAUGUACAUAGGUAAGGGUUUAUAAAGGUAUUCAUGACAGACCAAACUUUUCGUAAAGCCAUGACUGAAAUAAAUUUGACAUCUACAGUUUGGGGGUUGUUUUUGUUUAUUUAAAAUAAAGAAGUGUUUUUAUGUUACACAUGUAACAAAAGGUACCCUCAGGAAGGAACUUGCCAGUGCAUAUUUUUGUAUGGUACUUUCUUGUAAGCAGCUGGUGGAGUGUUUGUAGAUUUGCCUUUUUCUCCCUUUAUUACAAUGGCUUGGGUUGGGUGUUUUUUUCUUUGGUGGUUUUUCUUUUGUUUGUUUGAUUGGGUUUUGGUUGGGGUUUUUUGGUGGGUUUUUCUUUUUGUGGUUGGUGUUUUGGUUUUGUUUUUUUUAAUUGGGUGAUGGCGAAGAAGCAAUGAUGUUAGAACUGGGUUAGUAACUCAAGAUCUUUCAAACCAAGUAUGUUUACAUGAUUCUGAGUGUUGGAUCCAAUGGAAAAGUCUGUAUGCUGUUUCCUAGUUAGAACAUCAAAUAAGAAUUUUAUUUUCCUGGCUGCCUUCUGAAUUUUGGUUGGCCUAUUUUGCACUGCUUUAUUUCUCCAGAAUGAACUACUGAAAUAUAAUUGUGCAUUUUAAACUUGUUUACAAGUGAUUGUUAGAAAUUUAUUUUGUAAUUCUCUGAAGGCUGGAGAAAUGCUAUAUUUAACCAUUACUCCAGACCUCAGCAGUAACUAGAGAACAAGUUUAGGUCAUUGGUGUGAUCAGUGAUAUUUUUCCCGUAGUCUGUAAUUUAUUUUUUAUUUAUCAAAUGUAUCGGUAUCACUUUUAUUUACCAGGUGCAGAUAUGCAGGUACCUUUUAUGGUAUGGCAUUACAGUGGAGUUUUCACAUAAAUUACCAUGCAAUUUCUGUACUACUAUAUUUCCUUGCAGAAAUUAUUGUUAUGGAUCAUUAUGGCUAGAAUGUUGCUAAAUCACAGGGGCAAACUGGGAGACCAACUUUUAAACGCCAAACCUGUAAAUUACCAAGUAUCCAGACAUAUAAUUACAUUACUGCAAAACGUUCAAGCAUGCAUGUGUUAAUAAGCCUGUGCUAAAGUGCUUUUCCGAAUUGCUGCCUCCUUUGGUAAGUUCAGGAUAGUUUUGAUUUAUGAUAAACUUCACAGUAAGUUAGUUAAUAUUCUGUAGAUUUUUUUUUUGUAAAAGUAGAGAAGUUUAGUCAUAUUAGACCAUACCAGAAUGCCCUUACUCUUAAAAUUGCGGACAAUCUGAGGGAGAUUUUCCAUAAUGUCUGUUUGAAUUCUUUUAGUUUGGGUUAGAAAAGGUUCUGCUGUGUUUUCAGAGGCAUAGCUGUUAUUGCUGUGUUGAUGGGAGCAAUUUUAUUAAAAUCACAUGGUCACCAGUACCUUCUUAGGGAUCUAUUUCUGUUCUGCUUCACUGUUAGAAAUCCACAAGAACAUUAUUACCUUGAUUGGAAUUUCUCCAUUUUUUCUGUCAGUGUGAUGGAGGAGAUGGGACUCCUGUUUGCACUGUAAUCAUGUAAUCGGCUUCAGCAGGGGAAGAUUUUUUCCCCAUUGAAGAAAAUUUGAGUGGUAUCUUUACUGCCUGCAAUGGCAAAGCCAUCACCAUCCUCCUCCUCAUCUAAUGACUUUGCUGCAUUAUGCUUGGGUUUGUAAUGACUGCACCGGAGCAUCCUGGUCAUUACUUGAAAACCAACUGCAGAAAGGCAGCCCAACUAGGAGCAUUGGUGCUGACCCUUGUGGUUUGUGUAGUGCAGAACAACCACUGGGUCGAUGCUGGUUUGCCUUUGGUUAACUGUGUGUCAGGCUAUUCCACCUUUGAAUGCUGUAGGAGCCGAGUGACUGAGCUGGUCAGUAGAUAGGAUGCACUAUUUUUAUUAAUACUAUUCAGACAGUCAGAAUGAUAAAGCUGUUUAAAGAUCUCCAGCCUUAAGGUGUGAAUGUUUGUGCAGAGGAGGUCUGCAGCAGGUUGCUCAGAUGGAAAACUACCAGUUUAAUUUGUUUUCAUUAUAGAUGGGUACAAAUUAAAAACCUGACCCUGAGGCUUCACAAGGUAAGAAGGAUUGCUCAAGAUAAAACCUUGGGUUCUUCGGAUUAACUGUGGGCUGUAUCCAGACAGGGAACAAGCAGGUGGAGUACUGGAUAGAUAACAGAGGCAGGAUACAGUCCAAAGGCAACAGAAUAAAUUAGUCCAGAGGUGUUUGAAUUGGCCGGCUAAAAAGAGUGAAAAAGCUAAAAAAUUAAUCCAGGCUUCUCAGUUCUUGGACUAACACUGGUUUCCCAAAGUCUGCGUGGCAGCAGUGAUGAGUGAGUCAGGCUUUUUCACACUAGCUUGCAGCCUUGCCUUCCACAGCUGUGCAGAAGAUCUUGAAUUUUGGGGUUUUAGUGAAUAGUCUAUUCUGAGUUUGUAGCAUUUUCCCCAUGUGCACAUUUGCAGGAGUUCACUUGCAUUACCCUGCUAAUUUUCUUUUCCUCUCUCCAUUUUAGUAAGAGAUGUAUUGAUUUUUGUAUUCAGUAUUCAAUUACUUUAUUGUGUUGCAACUGUGUGUUUUGUAAUUAGGAGUAUGUGAAAGUGCUUUGUGUAGAUUAAAAGAUUUCCUUUAAUAUAAUCUCCUCUCACUUUCAUAGAUAAAUGGACACGCCAUUGCAGAUCACAUUGCCGAUUUUGUUUGUAAUAUUGCUUUAAUAUCUAUUUGAGAGGAAUGUAACCUCCAGAAAAUUACUUUUCAUAUCUUCACUAUCUUUCCUUUCCCUGUUCACCCUGUGUGGAUCCAGGCUAUCAACACUUGAGCUUUUGACCUGAUAUAUUUCAGAUCCAACAUGGAUUCUGUCAUGUUUACAUGGCCACAAAAAUUAUUAAGGAUGGUUGAAGUUUGAGAGGAUCCAGGUAUAAAUGAAGAUGUUAGGGCGAUUCCUGAGCAACAUGAGCACAGUAGCAUCUGUACAAGCAAAGGGAAUCAUUCUUGAGGGGUGUGUGUGUGCAGGUGGCUGUUGGGAUCUGGUCCACCCCUGAUUCUGGGGCAGUUUUCUUGUGGAAAUAGAAAAUCCACUGUAAGAAAACAACCUGUAUCUGUUAUGCAGGAGGAGGGUGAGGAGAGGCAGAGCUUGGGAGUAAAAUCCUGAUACCAGUGGUCCAGAAUUUAACUCAUUUUUAAUAGCAAUCUGGGGAGAUGUUUUCUUUCUCUCCACCUUUCUUACCCUGAAUCCACUGGGGCUAAUGCUUGCCAAUGCCUGUGGGCCAAGGGAUCUCCUUUGCAGGUGACCUUGCCCAGCAUGCCAUGAGUUUGCAGAGGGCGCCCAACGUAUUGGAAAGCUUUUGUUGAUGGCCUGGAAAUCUCUUGAAACUCCAGAAAUAGCUGAAACAGCAAAUGGAGUUCAUGAAAAUCAGGUCUUCCUCUUCCAUCCUUUUUAAAGAAACACACAUUUUAUUUCCUCCUUUGUUCUUUACACAGUAGUUUUUUAGAUAUAAAUUAUUUUAACAUUUUUUUGUGUGAAAAGACAUAUAUACAUAUAUAAAAUUAUUAAAAGGUUGAGUAUAUGUUGAGUAUAAAGUAGUGACUUCUUUGCUUCAGAUGUUAGCAGCCCCUAAAAAUAAGUUGUUUAUCCUCUUGUAAAGUCAGUGCUGUAAAAGAAAAAUUAAAAAUAAAAGAUGUAUUAGAUGUAUCUUUUAUUAUUUAUUUCUGAUUCAGUAUUUGAUACAGCUUGUGUAUACCCUUUGUGAGAAUCACAUGCUAAAAUGCAGUCAUUCUUAAAAUGGAGUAACAAUUCCUUGGGAUCCCAAUCUUGAGAAAACUGGCCCUCUGGGUGUCCAUAGUGUUGGAUAUUCUCCUUCACUCUCCAGCAUUGCUCCCCACUGAAGCAUGGCUGAAUCUUGGGGACCAUUCUGUGUGUGUGUGCUAGGUUUUACAAGUUCAUCGAUACCUGUGUUCAGAUCCAGCUGUACAGUGUUAAGAAGUGUGUCUUGUGAUUCGCUUCAGCCCGGUUCACUAUGUUUUCUGAAACAUGAUUCCCAUUUUGUACUUAAAUUUGUAUAGAAUUAUAUAAACCCUUAAAAGAUCAUGGCUUACUGUACAAACCAAAAAUACUUGCUAUUUGGCGUCUUUGAUUGCAUGACUGAUCAGAUCUGACAAUGGCGACGGUGCUUUCAUCUAACAGCAUUGAUUUCAAUGAUAAUACAUUAAUUUUCAUUUGCAAGCACCUGUUUUGGACAAUGUUUUGGUUUCAACAGUAAAGCAAUAUGCGGUAGGUUUUGUGGCAUUAUCUCUGUAAUUGUUUUGAAGACAGAAUUGUCCCUUGCCAACACAUAAUGAAAAUAAAUGCCUUAUAACAACUUCUA